AUGCAUAUUUGAUUGUUUCGCAGCUUUUCGCGGCUCUGUGGGGGCAGUUUGUUAGGGAUCCCUGCUCGUGCCCGUGCCAGGUUAUAAACCCGCGGAGGCGCGCUCCCUUCCCUCUGAUGCGCUCUCGGUGCGAGCGCUGUCGGACCGGAGAUGCGAUCCAGCCCUAGGAGAGCCGCCAAGCACACGAAUGCGCGCAGAGCCCGUCGUCCCUGUGCACAACGGAAGCCCUAUCCUCGCAGCUCCGGAUCGAUCGGCGAAUUUUAAUCGAUGGAUUUGUGUUCAAGCGGAUUGAUCGUUUUAUUUCUCCGGGAGGGCUAAGAAAAGGGAGGCAGAGAGUGAACGCCAGUGAGAGUCCAGCCGGAGUGAGAGACAGAGGGGUGAGGGUGGGAGGGUGGGAGAAGGGAACAUACGCUUCUUCAGCCAUGGAGCUCACCAUGGACAACUUGCACAGCGUCUCGUCGCAUUCCCAACCGGGAGACCUCAUGAGCUCCUCGCACGCGCGGCCGUCUCCAUCCCCAAGCUCGACUCCCCGCAACCUGGUGUCGCACGCUCCCGGUGGGCGACCGGCCAUGGUGUCCGGCAUGGCCUCGCUCCUCGAGGGCUCUGGCGGGGACUACCGGACUGACCCAUCCGCCUUGUCGGGACACCUCCAUUCGUCCAUCAGCAUGUGCGAGACCGGGAUGAGCCUUAGUAACACGUACACCACGCUGACCCCUCUGCAGCAUCUACCUCCGAUAUCCACCGUGGCGGAUAAGUUUCACCACCCGCACUCGCACCACCACCCCGCCGCCCACCAGCGACUGUCCGCCGGGAACGUCAGCGGGAGCUUCACGCUGAUGCGGGAGGACCACCGGGGACUGGCGUCCAUGGGCAACCUGUACAGUCACUACCCCAAAGAGAUGUCCGUGGCCGGCAUGGGUCACGGAUCGCUGUCGCCGCUGUCCGGCGGGCUCGGUUCUCUGCACAACUCCCAGCAGCCGCUCUCCGCCUACGGCCCCGGCACGCACCUCUCCGCCGAAACCAAGAUGCUCUCGCCGGUGUCCGGGUUCGAGUCUCACGCCUCCAUGCUGUCCCGCAGCGACCAGGAGCACCUGGCCAGGAGUUUAGGGGGCCACGGCCACGGCUUGAUCUCCAACCUCAACGGCAUGCACCACCACCCGCACAGCCACCUCCAUUCCCAGGCGAACGGCGCGGUGAUGAUGGCCGAUCGGGAGAGGCACGGCCACGUCACCGGCCAGGGAGCGUCGGCGUCGGGCAUCCAGGCGGAAGAGAUCAACACCAAGGAGGUGGCUCAAAGGAUAACGGCCGAGCUGAAGCGCUACUCUAUCCCGCAGGCGAUUUUUGCCCAGCGGAUCUUGAGCCGCUCACAGGGCACCCUGUCGGACCUGCUGCGCAACCCCAAGCCGUGGAGUAAGCUCAAGUCGGGCCGGGAGACGUUCAGGAGGAUGUGGAAGUGGCUGCAGGAGCCCGAGUUUCAGCGGAUGUCUGCUCUGCGGCUGGCCGUAGUCCGUCCAGGGCGGGAGAGGGCCCGUCUCACCGCACACAAAGCCCGAUCUCAUCCGUCCGUCCAGGCGUCGACUAGCAGCAGCACGGUGCGGUUAGUUCACCGUCUGCCACACACGGCCCAUCUACACACACAUACACACUCACACACACACACUAACACACACCUUACUGAUGCAAAUUACACACAAGCAAGGCUGGGAGAGCGGGCGGCCCGUCGACAUGGGGGCAGCCCUGCUGAUCAGGGGGGGAUUUCGGAGGAGAAGGGGAAGAUGCUUCUGCUGCCGAUGGUGCUGAUGGUGCUGAUGCUGAGCGCCGCCGCCGCCUCCGGCUGCAGCGCAUCUCUGUAG